GUAAGUCUUAGAUUGAGUCAGUAGGUUUGUCAGUCAGGGGUUAGAGCCUAUGUGGUGAGGUUUGGAACCACUAAUCCGGUUGUACACUUAUCACCAUGGUUGAGACUCGUAGUGGGACGAGCACUAGCCCCUACACCCAGGAGCAACAAGAGAAAAUGGCCGCCUUAGUGAGAGAGAACAUGGAGAGGAAGGAGCUCCUGAAGCAAGCGAAGCUAAAGGCCAUUGCAGAGGAGCACGCGGCGACGAUGAAAGAAUUGGAGGAGGAGAUGGAGAAGAAGAAGGCUGCUGAAGAAGAAGCGGCAGCAGAAGCAGAAGAGGAGAGGAAACGCAAGGGGAAGGAAGUAGAAAGUAGUGGCACGACAAAUGACGAUGCCGCUAUGGAGAAUAAGAUAAGUGAGUGGAUCGCUAAUUUAUCGUUGGGGGAAGACGAGGAAGCCGAGUUUUAUGUACCUCAGGGUGAGAGGGAUGCACUAGCCAGUGAGCUAGCGGCAAUGGAGGGCCCUCUGGAAUGGAGAGAAAGGGAAGAAGAGAAGAAGUUGGAGUGGAAAUUGAGGAUGAAGAGGGAGAAGAAGAGAAGGAGGGACGAAGUCAACAGGCUGACCGCUGAAGUGGCAAAGGUAAGGGAUUGCAGGCAGGAAGUGCAGGCACAGGCCGAUAUGUCUGCCAAAAUGGAUAAGAUGUUGGGGUACCUAGAGGUGUUGAGUGCAGCCUGGAUGGAAGAGCACCAGGCCAACAGGAGCCAAGAAGUAGCGUUGAGUGCCAUGCGGUCAGGGUUCAGAGAUUUUGCGCGCGAUAUGGUUACCCACGUUGGAGGCGAAGUUAGGCGGUUGAGGGACAGCGUGGGGAAGUUCUGCGAGGGCGCCAUCGAAGGUGCCAAAGCGAUAGCCGCUGUAGAGGGUGAGGGCAGGCCCCGUAAGGAGCCUGUUAAGCUUAAAUUCCCAGAUGCCUAUGGGGGAAAGAAGGAGGAGAAUUUUCAUAACUGGGAGGCGAGCGUCAAUAGCUACAUGUACCUACAAAACAUAUUGACUGAGGAGCAAGUCCUCGUCGCCUUCCAGGCCCUCAAAGAUGAAGCAGAGCAGCCGGUUGUGAAAACAACCUGGUUGCAUACUCUAAGAUCACCACCCUUCCUCAAUUCUUCAAGCUCCUGAGGGAGCGAUUUGCUGAUCCAACGAGAGGCGUCAGGGCCUCUGAUAAGUUACAAACGAUUCACUCACGACAGUGGCGAAGUGCAAGAGCACU